UGAGGAGGGUUGUAAAGAGGGAAGGCCGCUACAGUUAUUGAGUAAGUAACAUAUGCCGAUGUUCUCAAAGUUCUCUCUCAAGUGAAUGAGAGAAGAACAUGCCAACCAGUGCUGUGCUUAAAGUACAAGGAAUGCGGCGCCACACCGGCGCAAGGUAACAACAUGGCUCAGUUAAAACUUUCAUCGAUUUCUUCAAGAUAUUCUUAAUUAGGAUCCUUUGCAAUAAACUGGAUAUCUUUUUGAAAAGAUAUCCAGUUCUAUGGUUCUUCUAGAUAACAGCUCGCCUCUAACCUCAAAAGCUGUUUCUAACAAUAUGUUUUCCUCAGUGUAAACAAUCUCUUCUAAGAUGGCAUGCCCAAAGCCAACCAUGGAAUUUUAUUUUAAUGAAAGUCGGGAAUCGACAACAGACGACAAUUUUUCACUGUCAUCUACACCAAAACCUCAACUGGACUAUAGAGGUUCACUUUAUAAGUCUAAAUUCGAUACCUUAUCGUCCUAUGGGGGCCGAGCAUCUCCUGGACAUGAUCUAGGUUAUCAUACACUUUUAACUAGAGAUAGUAUCACUCCGACUCCAACACACACUCCGACUGCACCACGCAGGACGUUUGACAGUCUGAGUUGCUCCUCUUUUCGAUGGAGUGAUGCUAAUUCAUCUAUGUGUAACACGUCACCUUAUCCAAGAACAUCAGAUGUUAUAUCACCUCAUCGCAGUCAUGCCGCAUCAUCUGUGCCACCUUCAUCAAGAUCAACCAACCUAAAUGUUCUAAAUACAAACUCUCUACUAACAACUUUUAAAGGAAAAAAAUCGCACAAAACUUCACAGUUCGACCGAUUACCAGACGAUCUCAUCAUCAAAAUAUUUUCAUUUUUAUCCAGUAACUAUUUGUGUGUUUGUGCCAGGGUAUGCAGGCGAUGGUAUUUUCUUGCUUGGGAACCUCAACUAUGGACUUCCGUGUGUUUAAGUAGUGAAAGAAUCCAUGUGGAUCGAGGAUUAAAGACAUUAUUUCGACUUUUAUGUCGGGAUUCUCCAACUGUGUGUUUAGCUGUUGAAAGGAUAUCUUUAAAUGGUUGUUGUAAAUUAACGGACAAAGGUAUGUUUACAAUCUCAAAGAAAUGUCCAGAACUGAAAUCUCUUGAAGUUAAGGGCUGUGCUUUCAUUUCAAAUGUUGGAGUAUCGGAAGUUAUCACAAGGUGUGUCAACUUAAACAGGCUUGAUCUAACAGGAUGUCAACUCGUUACUACUCUUCAGCCGAGAUUGGUUUCAUCCGAUAGAUCUGAUUCAGCUUUAGAUCAUCUUUCAAAUGAUUCCCAUCAUCUGCCACCUCAAGUUAUUCAUCACAGACAGCUUUAUCUUCAGUUCCUGGAUCUUACUGACUGCCACAGUCUGGAUGAUUUCGGUUUAAAAACCGUAGCCCGAAAUUCUCCACAAAUUUCUCAUCUCUAUCUUAGACGAUGCGUUCAAAUAACUGAUUGUGGAGUCAAAGCAAUAUCCAGUUUUUGCAUGAUGCUAAAAGAGCUUAGCAUCAGUGACUGCAUCUUAGUAACAGAUUUUGGAAUGUACGAACUUGCCAAACUUGGCUCUAAUUUGAGGUACCUAAGUGUUGCUAAAUGCGAUCAAAUCUCUGAUGCUGGCAUCAAGCAAAUCGCUCGUCAUUGCUACAAGCUGAGAUAUCUUAAUGUUCGAGGUUGCGAAGCAGUGUCUGACCAUAGCAUGGAAAUCCUAUCCAGAAGUUGUUCUAGGCUCAGAGCUCUAGAUAUUGGUAAAUGUGAUGUAACAGAUAAUGGUCUUCGUCUAUUGUCAGAACAUUGCCCAAACUUGAAAAAACUUAGCGUUAAAUCUUGUGAUAUGAUUACAGAUGAAGGAAUACGAGCAAUAACUUUUUAUUGCCGAGGACUUCAGCAACUGAAUAUUCAAGAUUGCAAUAUUACUGUAGAUGGUUAUAGGACAGUUAAAAAAUUCUGUAAAAGAUGUAUCAUUGAACACACUAAUCCUGGUUUCUUUUAGAAUCUAUUCAUAUAUUUUUGUGAAAUGAUUAUCAUUAUUAGAGGUACCACGCAAAAAUUCUCUUGAAAUUGUUACACCAAAUUUUAUGUUACAAUGAAAAAUUUAUAAAACAUUUUUUGUA